AUGGACAGUGGAGAUGAAUUUUCCUUCCACCACUUCAUUUAUUCAUGGGACGAUUCGUCCUCGGAUGACGAAGAUCUUGUGGUGGCUGCACUCGUCGUUCACGACCACAUUGAACGGCAGCUUCCUCGGUACAGUGGGUCAGUCCCCAGCCGUGCUCCCAACCUGAACCGCAACACGGAGAGAGAGAGAGAGAGAGGCCACGCCCUGCUCUAUGCCGAUUACUUUGCGAAUACCCCGCUCUUCAAGCCGGACAAAUUCCGUCGCCGUUUUCGUAUGGCAAGGCAUCUGUUCAAUCGUAUCCGAGAGGGAGUGUUUGCUCAUGAGCCAUACUUCGAGUGCAAGACGGAUGUCCUUGGCAAGCUUGGAUUCUCCUCUUACCAGAAAUGCACCGCGGCCAUCCGCAUGCUUGCGUAUGGAAUUCCAGGCGAUCUGGUGGAUGAGUACGUGCGCAUGAGUGAGUCGACAUGUCUGCUGUCAUUGUACAACUUCUGCAAGGCCGUGGUGGCAGUGUUUGGCCCUGAGUACUUGAGGCAGCCAAAUGUCGCAGAUACAGAAAGGUUGUUGGCGAUCAACGCCGCUAGAGGCUUUCCAGGCAUGCUUGGCAGUAUAGAUUGUAUGCACCGGGAGUGGAAGAACUGUUCAUUUGCUUGGCAGGGCCAGUACAAGAGGCAUGUUAAAGCGUGCACUGUCAUAUUAGAAGCAGUGGCUUCGCAAGAUCUUUGGAUAUGGCACUCUUUCUUCAGCAUGGCAGGUUCUCAUAAUGAUAUCAACGUGCUGCAGCGUUCUCUAGUCUUCGCAAGGCAUGCAGAAGGCCACUACCCACCUGUCAACUUUGAGACCAACGGCCACCAGUACAAUAAGGGAUACUACCUAGCUGAUGGUAUAUAUCCUCAAUGGUCAACUUUUGUGAAGACAAUCUCGAACCCCUAA